GGCAGCACUGUCUCUGUGCCCAUGAUGGCUCAGACCAACAAGUUCAACUAUACUGAGUUCACCACGCCCGAUGGCCAUUACUACGACAUCCUGGAACUGCCCUACCACGGGGACACCCUCAGCAUGUUCAUUGCUGCCCCUUAUGAAAAAGAGGUGCCUCUCUCUGCCCUCACCAACAUUCUGAGUGCCCAGCUCAUCAGCCACUGGAAAGGCAACAUGACCAGGCUGCCCCGCCUCCUGGUUCUGCCCAAGUUCUCCCUGGAGACUGAAGUCGACCUCAGGAAGCCCCUAGAGAACCUGGGAAUGACCGACAUGUUCAGACAGUUUCAGGCUGACUUCACGAGUCUUUCAGACCAAGAGCCUCUCCACGUCGCGCAGGCGCUGCAGAAAGUGAAGAUCGAGGUGAACGAGAGUGGCACGGUGGCCUCCUCAUCCACAGCUGUCAUAGUCUCAGCCCGCAUGGCCCCCGAGGAGAUCAUCAUGGACAGACCCUUCCUCUUUGUGGUCCGGCACAACCCCACAGGAACAGUCCUUUUCAUGGGCCAAGUGAUGGAACCCUGA